AUGAACAUCCACAUUGUUCUGUUCUUCUGCUUCUUAACAGGAGCUCUCUGUGAUGGAACCACCGGUACCUCCGGGAUCAACAUCAACGCUACCGAGGGAGGAAGAAUCCGAGUCCAAUGCUCCCUUCCGUCUGCAAGAAACGUCCGGAAGUUCUUCUGUAAGGACGACUGCAGAGGAGACGAUGUUCUCGUUGCAACGUCUGGAUCUGGAGCCCAGAAUGGCCGAUUCAGCCUGGAGGUCGACUCCCAGCGGCUGUACUUGAACAUCGGUCAGCUGGUGAAGUCAGACUCAGGCCGGUACAGGUGUGGAGUCAGAAGAGGAAGACCUCGCUUCACAGCUUCGUAUGACUUUGACCUCUGUGUUACCGACGCGAGGAGCGAAGAGACAACAGCUCCGACAGCGGUCCCUGAAACAAACAAGGUGUCUACAGCUCCGUCAGCGGUCCCUGAAACAAACAAGGUGUCUACAGGUCUGGUCCUGGUGUCGGUCGGGGUACCUGUGGUGGUGGUUCUGUUGGUUGUUGUUCUGCUCUUCUUCUACAAAACGAGGACGAAGCGGUCUGAUGGUACCAACAAGACAGGAAACACAGACAGCACCAAGACUCAGAUGGUCCCCUAUGAGAACUGGCCUCCAGGCUUCACACGGCCAGACUCCACCUACCAGGACCUCGAUCCAGUCACCCGGAACCAGAACCAGAUCUACUGGACACUCACUCACACACAGGACAACACGAAGGAUCACGUCUAGAACCGGACCGAGUGUGGUUGAAACCAGCGGUGGAAUGUAACUAAGUACAUUUACUCCACUACUGAUCUUAAGUACAACUUUAAGGUUCUUGUGUUUGACUUGAGUAUUUCCAUUUUAUUGUACUCUAUACUUCUCCUCCGGUACAUUUCAGAGGGAAACGUUUCAUUCUGCCACAUUAACCUGACAGCUGGAGUUACUGUUCACAGAUUUAACAUCACUUUAAGAAUGUACUGCAUUAUAAAUUCAGUAUUAAGCAGUGACCGUUAGCCCUACCGUGACUAUUAACAUGCUGCUGAUAUAAAUGCAUCAAGAACAUAUUCCAUAAUAUAACAUCAUAUAGGAUAUAUUUAACACUCUGAGUGGGGUCAUUUUGCAAAAAGAAAAAAGCAAUUCUUGCAGAAAUCUCCAAAAUGUCAAAAGAUUUUGAUCCCAAAUCACAGCAUGUCUUCUUCUAUGGUGUUCCUCAAGGUCUUGGUGUCUUAAUCUGGUAUUUCAGAGGAUUAUUGAUCAUUUUGAUCAAUAAUCCAGUUGGUAAAAAAAAUGGUUAAAUUUAGCACCAAACCUGUUGAACAAAUGGAAUCAACACAACAACUUAUGAGACGUAAUAGAGAAUGAGGAUGACCAUCAGAUACUGCUAUCAUCAUGUUCUAAACACGUAUACACUUUCACUAUUUAUUUUAAAUAAUUCAUAAUUCAUGUUUAUUUCUGAUUUAUGACUAGAGCAUCUUGACCCUCAGAGCUGAGCCACAUCUCAGAUUAAUCUCCAGGUUCUCAGCUUUCAGAUGAUGUUCACCACUUCUCUGUGACAUCUACUGUUGACCUGCUACCUGCCCCUAAAGACCCCCUAAAGACCUCCUAAAGACCCCCUAAAGACCCCCUAAAGACCACCUGGACCCCCUAAAGACCCCCUGAACCCCCUAAAGACCCCCUGGACUCCCUAAAGACCCCCUAAAGACCUUCUAAAGACCCCCUGGACCUCCUACAGACCCGAUGAAAUCAUAGAUGAAAGACUGAGAGAGCUGAGAGUUGUUCCUCUGUGUUAACUCAAAGGCACCACCUGGUGGCCAUGCAGCUGUACUCACAAACAUCUGGACUGAAUCACAACAUCUGGACUGAAUCACAAACAUCUGGACUGAAUCACAAACAUCUGGACUGAAUCACAAACAUCUAGACGGAAUCACAAACAUCUGGACUGAAUCACAAACAUCUGGACUGAAUCACAAACAUCUAGACGGAAUCACAAACAUCUGGACUGAAUCACAAACAUCUGGACUGAAUCACAAACAUCUGGACUGAAUCACAAACAUCUGGACUGAAUCACAUCCUGUUAAACGUGAAGUCAAACUGAAAUUAAACAUAUUUUUUUAGGAGAUCAGUAAUUGUCUCAAAGUAACGUUUGUUUCUAUCGAUUUUACAUUUUUUACAGAAAUAUUCGUUCAUAUCUGCAAAGUUAGUGUUUUUUUUACUUUUGUAUUUAUUUGGUCAAAACUGUUUUUAUCAAAAGGAAGAAAUUAAAGUUUUAUUUAUGGCUGAAACUAACAGUUAUAUUCAUUAUCGUUUAAUUGUUU